GAUAAGUAACCGCCAUCCCCUCCGUCUUUCUUCUCAAACCGGUCUCCCCACAUCAGCCAAAACAAAAACGAUUCUCCUUUCACUUUUCUCCCCAUAAAAAUACCAAUAACGCUGUUCUGUUUCCACGAUGCCGUACGUUGCCGCCAUUGACCAGGGCACGACCUCGAGCCGGUGCAUCAUCUUCGACGACCACUUUAAGGUUGCUGCGGACCACCAGCUGCCCCACGAGCAGUUCACGCCGCAGCCCGGCUGGCUGGAGCACGACGCGGAUGAGAUCUUCCGCAACUGCUGCCUGUGCGUGACGAACGCGGUGAAGAAGCUGCGCGCGAAGGACCCGAAGUUCGACAAGAUCAGCGGCAUCGGCAUCACGAACCAGCGUGAGACGAGCGUUGCCUGGGACCGCAAGACCGGCAAGGCGCUGUGCCACGCCCCUGUGUGGAGUGACGCGCGCACGCACGAGGUGUGCAACCGCAUCGCCAAGGAGGUGGGCGGCGGCAACAACAACUUCGCCGCUGAGAUCACCGGCCUGCCGGUGAGCACGUACUUCUCUGCCUUCAAGUACCGCUGGAUGCUGGAGAACGUGCCGGCUGUCGCGGAGGCGCGCAAGAACGGCACCCUCAUGUUCGGCACGAUCGAGUGCUGGCUGAUGUACAAGCUGAGCGGCGGCAAGACGUUCGUGACGGAUGUGUCGAACGCGAGCCGGACCUUCCUGAUGGAGCUGAGCACGCAGAAGUGGUCGGCGGAGCUGUGCAAGAAGCUGGACAUCCCAAUCGAGGCGCUGCCGGAGAUCCGCAGCAACAGCGAGCGCUACUGCGACAUCGCCACGCCGGAGUUCGGCGUCGUCGAGGCACUGGGCGUCACGACGCCGAUCACCGGCUGCAUUGGCGAUCAGCAGAGCGCGCUGUUCGGCCACAUGGGCUUCCACAAGGGUGACGCGAAGAACACGUACGGCACGGGCUGCUUCAUGCUGAUGAACGUGGGCCCGAAGGUGCAGUACUCGAAGCACGGGCUUCUGGCCACCAUCGGCUACAAGCUGGGCAACAAGCCCACCACCUUCGCCCUCGAGGGCUCGAUCGCCAGCUGCGGCGCGACGGUGGAGUGGAUGCGCCGAAACUUGGGCUUCUUCGGCCACCCCCGCGAGAUGGAGGCGAUCGCCCGGAAGGAGGCGAGCACGGACGGCAUCGUCUUCGUUCCCGCCUUUGGCGGCCUGCUCUGCCCCUACUGGGACCCGACGGCGCGUGGCACCAUUGUCGGCAUGACGUACAAGACGAACAAGUCGCACAUCAUCCGUGCGGCGCUGGAGGCCAUCUCGAUGCAGGCGGGCGCGGUGCUGCUGGCGAUGAACCAGGACAGCGGCGUCGAGCUGAAGCGCCUGCGCGUCGAUGGCGGUCUGACGAACAGCCGUCUGCUGCUGGAGAUGCAGGCCGAUAUCCUUGGCGUGGACCUCUACGUGCCGCGCAUGAUUGAGACGACCGCGCUCGGAGCCGCGCUCUGCGCCGGUCUCGGCUGCGGAUUGUGGAAGUCGACGGACGAGAUUACGGCCAUCGCGAAUAAAGUGUUGCAGGGCGUCACGGUGACCCCGACGAACACCGACCCGGCGGUGCGCCAGGCGCGCGUGGAUGCGUGGAACGAGGCGGUGAAGCGGUCGAAGUGGGCGAAGCUGUAA